CUCGGACAAGUCGGCUGUGGAUCCGUUCUCUUGGGAUCUUGGGCUCGCGCAUCCCAAUUCAGGCUUCAUGCGGGAGUCUGAGUAGUGGGGUGCUGCGCCAUCAACAAACGAGCAGCCAGACAACGCUCGACUCGCCCUCGUCCUCUGUCUCUGGUUUUCUCUACAUUAUGCGACUUCAUUGUCUUGCAUAUAUUCCAUGAUUCUAUCUCUUUUGUGUCUUCGCUUCGGUGGUAAUCAUGGCAGAUGUUGACAUUUCUCCCAACUUUGGGCAGGAAUUAAAAGAUGCCUUCAAACCCGUGAAUGCCUGGGUCGCUGGCGGAAUAACAUGGCUCGACGAGAUCCAACAGUUUUACCGGGAGAGAAGUGCGAUUGAGAAGGAGUACAGCGCCAAACUCAACGGAUUAGCAAAGAAGUACUAUGAAAAGAAGUCCAAGAAGUCGAGUAGUCUUAGUGUUGGAGAUACACCUGCUAUGACCCCGGGAUCACUGGAAAGCGCAUCCCUCACGACUUGGACAACACAACUCACAACAGUCGAAUCUCGAGCUGCUGAGCACGACCGGUUCGGAAACGAGCUGAUAACGAAUCUUGCAGACCCACUGAGAGUACUGGGAACUCGCUAUGAAGAGCUACGGAAGCGUCAUUCCGAGUAUGCGGAUAAAUUGGAGAAAGAGAGAGACUCAACGUACGGAGACUUGAGGAAGAUGAAGGGCAAAUACGAUGCAGCAUGUCAAGAAGUCGAAAAUAAGAGGAAGAAGUCCGAGUCGGCCUUCGACUACUCGAAAACAAAAGCCCAAAAUGCGUACCAGCAACAAAUUCUUGACAUGCACAAUGUCAAGAACAGUUACUUGAUCGCAAUCAAUGUCACGAAUAAGCAGAAAGAAAAGUACUAUCACGAAUAUGUACCGGAUCUCUUGGACAGCAUGCAGGACCUCUCAGAGUCCAGGACAACAAAGCUAAACGGAAUUUGGGCUCUUGCUGCCCAACUUGAGCACGGAAUGUUGAAACGUAGCACUGAUUUUGUUACCCAUCUCUCGCAGGAGAUUCCACGUAAUCAGCCUCCAUUAGAUUCAAUGAUGUUCGCCAGACAUAAUGCUGGACCAUGGCAAGAUCCUCCAGACAAAGUCUUCGAGCCUAGUCCAGUUUGGCACGACGAUGAUGCAAUGGUAGUAGAUGAUACAGCAAAAGUAUUCCUUCGAAACGUGUUAGGAAAGUCCAAAUCUCAGUUGGGUGAUCUCAGAAGAGAGGUCGACAAAAAGCGCCGAGAAGUUGAAGGGGUGAGGAAAGUAAAACAAGCAAUCAGAGAGGGUAAAGACAAGAGAGACGAGGUGGAAAUAGUGAGAGCACUAUUUGCCAUGCAGGAGGAUCUCCAUCAAGUUGACCAUAAGAGACUUACUGCGGAAGUCGAAACAGUCACCAUCACGCUCGCCGUUGGAGACGUUACCGUUGGAGCGAAAAGCCACAACUUCAAAUCCCAGACAUUCAAGAUACCCACGAAUUGCGAUCUUUGCGGUGAGCGUAUUUGGGGGUUGUCAGCAAAAGGUUUCGACUGCAGAGACUGUGGGUACACAUGUCACAGCAAGUGUGAAAUGAAAGUUCCGGCAGAAUGUCCUGGGGAGCAAACAAAAGAUGAGAGGAAAAAGCUGAAGUCGGAAAGACAAGAGCAAGCCAACUCGCUCAAGAGUCCAACAGGAGCCUCAAAGGAUGGCGUUUCAGAAUUACCAACAAUGAGCCGUUCCAAUACCAUGAACUCGUUGAGUUCCGGGUAUGCUGCCAGUGCCAACCGGUCAGUAUCUGGAAGUGGUCCAAGAUCUCCAGCAGAGGAAGCACCGCCUGAUAGGCCUCAUAGCUUGAGUGUUAGUGGGCCAACUACCGUUAGGAAGAAUAGAGUCGUGGCACCUCCUCCAGCUGCCUACAUCAGCGAAUUGCCUGGAAGUGCACCGCCGACUAAUGGUUCAGGGGCCACAUCUUCCAAUGAGCAGAGAGGCAAAAUGUUGUACGGCUACGAUGCAAACGGUGAUGGAGAAGUUACAGUGUCUGAAGGAAAAGAGGUAACAAUAUUGGAACCUGACGGUAAACUUUAUCCCUCCAAUCCUUGAUCAUCACUAACAAACUCAGAUGGUGGCUGGAUCAAAGUCAA